AUGCCACCGAAAAAGAGAAGUCACAUCGGCCGCCAUACUGCAGCAGCAGCUGCGAAAAAGGCGAAGCGCAGCGCCAUAAACGCUUCUGCUGUUGCUGCACAAAGGGCUUCAGAGGACCCACAACAAAGGGCCACUCGACUGGCUACAAACGCUGCGGUUGCUUCAUACGAUGCUGCUUCCACGGCUUCAGACGGUCCGGAAACAAGGUCGAAGCGCAGCGCCAUAAAGGCUUCUGCUGUUGCUGCACAAAGGGCUUCAGAGGACCCACAACAAAGGGCCACUCGACUGGCUACAAACGCUGCGGUUGCUUCAUACGAUGCUGCUUCCACGGCUUCAGACGGUCCGGAAACAAGGUCGAAGCGCAACGCCAUAAACGCUUCUGCUGUUGCUGCACAAAGGGCUUCAGGGGACCCACAACAAAGGGCCACUCGACUGGCUACAAACGCUGCGGUUGCUUCAUACGAUGCUGCUUCCACGGCUUCAGACGGUCCGGAAACAAGGUCGAAGCGCAGCGCCAUAAAGGCUUCUGCUGUUGCUGCACAAAGGGCUUCAGAGGACCCACAACAAAGGGCCACUCGACUGGCUACAAACGCUGCGGCUACUGCUGCUUCAACAUUUUCGACACAUUCCCACGACUCAGACCAGCAACGUUCUACAUUCCAGCGGAACAGUCGACGCCGCGGUCUGACGAGUCCAAACAGACCUUACUGGCAUCUACGUGCUUUCAAGUAUGAGCCCAACUUCAAUUACUCGAUGCACGCUGACAUAAAUAUUGGGGAAAUGUUCUUCAAUUGA